UUUGGCCCAGUGACGGACGUGUGUGGGGGAGACAGUGCCGCGUAAAUUCCCACAUUUCUAAGUGAAAUUCCCGUGCCUUGAUAUCGGACAUUAUUUCGAUUAUCCAGAAAGUCACCGACAACAAAAGCAGAUAUGAUAAUGCGGUUAAGACGGUUAGAAGCGGCGAUAAUCUGGCUGGUGACGGUAGGAUGUGUCGCCAACCUCACGCAUGCGCAGUGUUGGUGUGGACUCUUCCUGGUGACGUCAGAGAGCUGGGAGCCAAAUCAUCUGGCCUUCUCGACGGGCAAGAACUAUGACGUCAACUGUUCACAACCAACCCAGGCCAGUGAUGAAUGUAGGAAGCAGUGUGAAGAUGAGGUAUCGACUCUUAACCUGGUGUUCACGACCAGCCAGAGAUCCUCCACAAGUACAACCCCCACCAGGACCUGCCGUGUGAGGUGCUUCCCGCCAACACCUCCUCCUUCUACACCGUCUGCCGGGAACAAGAAUGGCUCCCGGCGUCCACCCAACUCAGCUCCAGCGGGUUGUAGCCCUACCACCUUCACGCCUGUCUGGUGUGAGAGCAUGGGGCGGGCGAAGGUAGAGGGAAGGGCCUCGACAGGGGGCGGACAGACAGUCAUGCAGAGGAAGAUAGACACAGACACAGACCAGAACGCCAUUGAGAACAACGAGAUCCAGGGGUCGACCAUACCUGAUGAGGAGGAAGGGUCUUGGUUGACGACUUUCCUGCGCUUCUUCGGGUACAAGAGCAUCGGCGAGAUGGUACAGAACAUUGACAUCUUCUCUAUACCGAGCAAGAUCCAGUCCUUAGUCAGGACGUACAACGAUGAGAUCUCGAUGGGUCAGUGCUACAUGGAGUUCACAACAUACAACGCUUUAUCAGGACGGGGGCGUGGAGAGCCUUCUUGGAGGAGGAGGGUAGGGCAGUCCUAUCGCCAAAGUUCUUCUACUAUUGAGAGUCUGGUGCUCGGGUUGGUGGGUAUGCUGGAAGGCUCGCCCACCACCAAGCAGUAUGCGGAUGUGAUCAAGCAGUUCAUGCCCAUGGUGAUGCAGAUGUACAACUCUGACGACCCCUCUUCCGCCAUUACUGCCUUCAUCAGCCACACCCUCGGCCCAUAUCUCUCCCAGAUCCAGUCGGCACCUUCCAAGAAUCCCAACUCUAUCAACAACAACUCCCCCAAGCCUGACCACUGGCCUAACCUAAGACCCAAGCCCACGCCUGCACCUAAGACCACGCCUAGACCUCCCAGCUCUCUUUUAGGGGGAUCUGGAGGAGAUUCUUCGCCCGUCACCACCAUGGUCCUGGAGUUCCUCAAGUACUACAUGGGCAACUACCUCUCCUCCCUCCCUGGAAACAGCCCCACCAGGCCCCCACCACCACCUGUUAGGACUCCAGCACCUAGACCCCCAGCAGCGGCACCCUCACCAGUGGCAUCUUCCCCAGCAGCGUCCUCCCCAGGCUUAGGCAGUAUUCUCAGCUUCCUGUUUCCCUCAUCACAGUCUCAGAAGGUGUCACAGCCCAAACCUCCAGUGACAAAACGGCCACAAAAACCUCAAGUGCUGGAGAAACACGACGCCAAGACCUUUGUUGACAUGGUGCUGGAGUUUAUCCGUCCAGUGUUCAUCAGCAUCAUUGGCAAGGCGCCAGGGGAGAGUGGAGUGGCGUCUAUACGAGAGGUGACACGGCUGAGCUCCCUGGGUCGUGUUGAUGACACCCUGGUGGAGGAGGUCCUCUCUCCUUACUUCUGCAUCAAGAACUAUGUCGUCAACAAGGCUUGGACGUUGACAGAGCGAGGAGUGCGAUCAGUAGCCAGCAAGUUCAAUCCCGAGGAACAGGCUCGUAUGCUGAGGAUGUUGCAGGAUAACUAAACCUUUGGCAUUGUUGUACAAGAAAUGUUGAUGGAAGCUGCAAAAGGUAUGGGAUGAGAUGAUUGGGCAGAGGAAGAAUAGGAUAUAGUUACCGUGUAGUGAUGUAGGUGGUAAUAUACAGUAUAUAUAUUUUUUUUAAGUAACAAGAUGUCAAUCAAGGUUAAUGAUUACUUUCCACAGUACAGUAAUGGUAAAAAUGGAUGAUUGGGUUGAAGGGGAGUGUAAGUGUCGUGGUGACUAUAAUUUGUGAAGUAGAUAUAAUGUUUUUUAUGUAAACACAAAGUUAGCAGUUUUUAAUUGCUGUACAAUUUUUUCUUUUACGGUAAUUUAUUUUAAUCGUUUGAAGGUUCUUGUGUGUCCCAAUGUAUUAACUAUUGAGUAGUGUAAGUUGACAAUUUGAAGAACUGUGUUUGAGUAUUAAGGGGACAUACAGUACAGUUUUAUGGAAAAGGAGAUCAGCUGGUAAUGAUCCACUAAAGUAACAGUAGUACACGGGUUACCUCAGAUGGACGAGAUUUUCUGGUGGUUUCCUCUCGGCAGUUUUCAUAGACUCUUUGACCACACUCACUCAAUACAUUCUAAGUGAACCUGAGCUUUCUAUGUCUGUAUGUAUAGUCUUCUUGCUGCUGUGGUCCAGAUUAACUUAUCCUCUGAUUUAACCUUAAGCCUCUCAGUUUAUUAUUUUUGUAAGCAUGACAAAGAUGCACUUUUGUAACAGUUUGAGCCUUCAUGCAGACUACUGCAGUAAAUGUAUUAAGCUUCAUUGUUUGGUCUCAGAUAUUAUCAAGUGCAGAGAACAUUGUGUACACUCUUAAAAAACAAUAAUUUUCCCAGCUUUGACCGAUGAAUACAGUAUUGAAAACUGGUGGAUUUUACUGAAAGUGUAACCGAGACUACUUCUAGACAGUUGGUACACCUGAUUGGAUACAAGUUUCGAGUUUUUCAACGAAUGUUGGUUUUGAAAUAUGGCCACAUACACCCAAUAAAGAAUGAUCGUUAAAGUAAGUAACUGGCUACACUUUUCCAAGGCUCAACAGGCCUGCCAACUGUUUACAAGGCACAGGGUGGUUGUCCCGACUAUAUAUCGUUGUACUAAAUGUCGUUUUGCACUGACGUUGUUGACUAAUUGAGGAACGCAGCAUAAAAAGUCUCUGCUUUAACGUCUUUAUGUCGUUUUCUACUCGUUUGACUUUGUAUAAACAAUAUCAAAAUUUGAAUCUUCCGCACUGUGCCGCCAUCUUACAUCAUGUACUGUACCAGCAUCCUUCUUGACACUUCUCGGUCAUAUUAUGUUCUAUCAUGCUAUGAGUAGUGGUUGAGCUUUACAUUCAGCUGCAUUUAUCCUUGUAAUCAUUCAAUAAUGAGUGAUAAGUAAUGCAAGUGCAGGUAAUGAUGGGAAGAACAAUUAUGAGUAUUAUACUGGAUAUUAAGACAGACAUUAUAAAGCAUAGUAAACAAGGUGGACUACCUUCACUCCUCAAGGUAAGAAAAGCAAAUUUAUUGGUCAUAGGUUGAGGUUAAAUCCUUUUAAAAAUUAAAAAAUUGUGUUUUUGGGGUUUACAUUAAUAUUUCUUUUCUAUUUGAGUCAUUGCUUUAUAAUAUCACAUAUACUUUUUCUAUUCUUUAAGUAGAAAACGACUAUGACUUAAAAAUCCAAUCCCUAUUCUUUUCUUAUUACCUGCACAUUAUUUCUUUUGGGAGAAAUGUUCGUGCUUUGCAUCGGCAACGUAAACACUCUUACAGUCCCUGUCUGUAUUUACAUGUACUGUAUGUAAUCUUAUGGGAGAAAAUUCCCCUCUUAACAUUGUUUCACUUUAAGUCGUGUGACUUUGGUCUUGAACCAAGAUAUAUCGGGCACCUCCUGUACCCUGAUACAUGCAUCAGAUAGUUCAAUUUUUCUGUGAUGUAUUCGCUAAAACUUGGGAAGAUAAUUGUUUCUUGGACUGUACUACUCAUCCCAGACACUAGAGAAGAACAAACCCCCUAAGUUCAUUCAUUAUUCAUCCUGAUUAUUUUUGUGGCUUAUUUCUGUUUUUUUUCCUACUCCCGUGAAUUAUUUUGUCUUCAGCGCAAAGUUUCUACAAAUUUGUAUAUGUAGGUGUGUUAGCAACAUGUAAGAUUUUGACUUAUACAUCUCAAAACCUGAUGUUUAUCUGUGGAAUCAACUCAGUCCAAGGGAUUGUGAUCAAGUCAAGAAUUCUGCAUCAUGGGCACCUCACUACUCUGUGAAUCAGAUGAUGUUAAUCUGUUCUAAGAUUAAAAGGUAAGAGUGUGGUAAUAUUCAGGGUUUUCUAUAAAUAAAUUGGGCUGGAAUGUCCAAAGAGGGGAUGAAAAGGCUGAAGAUCAAGAUGUUAAUGACUUUGGCUCUGUAAUGAAGAAACAGAUCAACAAAACUAAAUGGUGACAUGUGUUUAGAUAUUGCAUACUGCAAAGUUGGACACGUGAAUUUAAUAAUUGUAGGGAAAUGGAAAUUUGUGCCACUCCAGACAUGAGUUGAAUUAGUUUGUACUGUACUGAAAACCCUGAAUAUUUACAAGAAUAUGAAGGGUGUCCAGAUAGCCUUCCCAGGAUAAAGGAAGCUUGUGGUACAAUGGGUAUUUUAAGUAUUAUUUGUCAUUUAGCUCAAUUUUCAAGUUUCUAGGGCCACUUCGGUUCUCCUGUACAUAUUUAUGUCUCAUUUGUUGAUGUUACUCUUGUUAUGGGUUUUUAAAAGUGUUCCUCAAACUUCAUUGUGAUUUGUUUAUUUAUUUCUGCAGUGAUAAAUUAUAUACAUAUAUCAAGUGCUGUACUAUAAUAUGCUUCAUAUAUUUAUAUAUUUCAGAGGAUAAUAUAUAUAAUAUACCUAAAGAAUACAGUUUGCUAAUAUAUUACACUGAUAUAGUUUUCUACUAUUUUUAUACUGUAUAGGGAGUUGAAGGUUAUGUUCUUUUAGUUUUGAUAGCAAUAUGGGUACUAGUACAACUGUAUAAUAUCUUCUCGUGCAUUAAGCAGAUCGUGUGGUAAAGAAGGUAGAGUACAGCACUACGGGACGGGAUGAUAUAUGGUGGUGGUUAGGAUACAUAAAGUGUAUUUAAAUAUUUUUACCAAUGAAAGUCUUAGUAUCGUGUACUUGUAUGUAGGUUUAAUGUGAGUGGUCACAUGACAUAGAUUUGGGAGAUUUUGUCAGUGAAAAUACGAGUAUACAAGAGUUUGGAGAUGAAGGGAAAUGCAGUGUUAGAGGGCUGGGAAAUAAUGUUGCUCAAAAAUCCAGUAAUAAAAAAAGGGUUCGAGAUACAGUAAUGUGCAGUAUUUAAUGGUUCAGAAAUGUUGUUUAAAUACUUAAAAAUGUUUGUGGAAGUCUUGUACAGGGUAUUUGGAAGUAUAAAUGUAAGUUAAGUCCAGUUCAUGAAUACGUAUAUGUAGUCCUCUUCACUAGUGGGUUUACAAGAGCUCAUCAGGUUUUGUGCAGUGUGGCAGAGUUGUGUUUGUUUACAUUCGAUAGAAGAAAACUCGCAAUGGUAAACAUACUGUACUAUGGAAUCAAAGUAGAACAAUAUUAAAACAAAUAUCUUGAUGUAAUGAUUUGUGGAACGUUUAUAUGACGAACCCCUGUAAAUGCACUAGUGAAGGAGAUCUGUACAGUACCAGCUUUACCUUUGUGGCCAAACUUAGACUGAUGGUUAGUGUCAUUAUCUGUACUGUUGACAGCCUGACAUCAUAAAUUCCUGUAAUCAAGAUGUCCUCCUCAGCAUCUUAUCAUAAUUUUAUAUAAUCAAAUUUUAAUAAGUGAUUGAAUAUUACUUUUCAAGGUCAUGUGGUCAUUUAUUGAUUAUAUGAGCAGUGGGAUAUUCCAUCUUGCUAUGUUAUAUUCAACAUCCUUAAGAAAAAUUCAGAAUAUUCAGAACUGGUGACAGUGGAAGGCCAUACUACAAGGUCUCUACUAUGUCUGGUCACUUAGGAUGUCGUCACGUACCGUGGCUCAGAGUCAACACAACAAUAAUCAUGCGCUAUGUAACCCCAUCAAAGGUACUGUACAUGUAAUACAUUAAAGAUAUAUGGCACAGCAGUGUAUAGUAACUGUGCUAAUGAUAAGUCCUAAGUUUUGUGAAGACCUUGUAAUAUGUUAUUAUUUUAGCUCAAAAUUUAGAAUGGAAAAAGAGGCCUUCUCAGGCAUCAUUAUUACACACGGUCGCCGUUUCCAUUCGACGUUUUUAUUCCUUAAGAACAAGUCGAGCAACAGUGCAGACAUUGUAAUAAUUAAGUGCUGUGUUGUGUUAAGGGAUGAUAGAAAAGGUUUUAUUAAUGAUUGUUUUUGUUAUGCCUGGUGAUGAUGAUGGCUUGUUUUGUAAGGUUUGUGUUUUUUAAAGCACUUAAAAGGAAUGGAUGAUUUUUUGCCAAGUAUUAUAAUAAAAUAAAAUAAAUUAAAACUGUACAUAUGAUGCUCAAAAUGAAGGACUUUUUUAUGAAUUUGCAAGUAAGAAUGAAAAUGAAUGUUAGAACCACAAGCCUUUCUGUCCUCUCCUGGUUCCUGUGAUCAUAUCUUUCAUCAAUUAAAUGUAUAAAAUCAAAUACUUCGUACAGUGUUAAACUUGUGGUUUUGUUAUUUUUUUCUCUAUUUAUUUUCUUAUUUAUGAGUUAUUUAAUUUGUACAUUUAAUUUAAUAUAUUUGUAGAUAUAUCAUGUU